AUGAUAGGAAACCCCUUCUCGACUUAUACUUCCAAAGAUGGGAAGUCAGUCAAAGCCAUACAUCCACCCGAGAUGGUGAUUAAACAAGAGGAUGUAAUUGCAGCUCCCUACAACGAAACCACUUUCCUUGAAGACAGUACCAAUAAUUUUCGCACAGCUAGUAAAGAAGAUGUAGAUGUGGUCAUUCAUCAUAAUAACUACACCAACCUGUUUCUGCAGUCUUUAGGAAAGCAAGUUACUAGGAUUGAAACAUUUGUUUCAAUGGGGGGACAGAAAUCUGAACCAGGACUCUUAGAAACCAAAAGAAAUAGAGAAGUGAGUCAAGCGUUCUUUAAACCACCUCCUGCCUUAGAUAAUAAAAAUUUUAAGAUGGGAAUGACCUUAUCUGAAGACGAAAACUUUGUUGACGUCUUGGCCAAAAAGUUAACAUGGUUAAAUUUGUCAGAUAAAGGAAAGGGUCCUCAAGUGUCGGUUCUCACUGAAGGGGAAAUAGAUAACCUGGAAACAAUGUUUAAAGAAGAGCAACCUGAAAUUAAUAGGCCCCGUCGCCUCUUCUACAUCCCACACUUUGCUAUGCUGACCGAGGAUAGCCACGAUACUCAGCACCAUAUCCCCCGCGGGGGUACCUCCCGAAGGAAACCUUCAGCAGAUGCCAAUCUCCAUGCAGAGGUCGAGCUCCUCCGCGCCAGUGUCGCCAAGAUGUUCGAGAAAUAUGAACAUCUCCAUACCAAAAAUAUCGAGAUGAAACAUGACUACCGCAUGCUAAAGCGUAACUGGGAGAGGACUCAGGCCCAAGGCUCCCAACGUGACUUCACCCAAUAUGCUGAGCAUACCCAACCAAACCAACCGGUGCACUCCCGCCAUAGUGCCCUAGUCCAGUCUAGGCUCAGUAAGAGUAAAGGCCCCCUCCAUUCGAAGACGACCAAGUCGCGACUCCUUCACAUCUCCCCAUCGAAGGACCGGCCCCAUGAACCGAUGAAGGUCUAUAGAGAUUGCAGAGACCGUCCUUGGACCGUCAGCAAGACCCUAUUCCUAUCCCCGUUAAUAUCCAAGACCUAA